AGAGCAAUUCUCUCGUUCAAAGCUCAAGAUGCUAGAUAUCGAGAAGAUGGACAUCGCCACCUUGAUUUCUGCUCUAGUUGGAAUUUUGGUGGUUAUGAUCUCGUCGAUAUUUUACUUUACCAGAAAAGAAAGUCAGGAGCCAAAAAGGGAGGAAGAGCUACCUGAAGAAGCAGAAGAAGAAGGAGCUGGUGAUGCUCCCCAUACCGAUGCGAAGAAGGGCGGCAAAGGGAGAAAGAAUGAUCAGUGGAAGGCAAAGCCCAAAGAUGUCUCCUAUGAUCAUAAAUGGUCUGUUGCUACUCUUAAAGGCCAUACUACCGAUAUUACUGGCAUGGAUUUUGCACCAGACGGGAAGAGGCUCGUCACCGUUUCGCCCGAUAGAGCAGUGUUUUUGUGGGAUGCUCGAGACUUUGAAGAGAAAGAACACAAGAGCGUGCGACAAAUUCUCGAUUUUGACACCGCAACUAAAGUAGCAUUCUCUCCCGACUGCAAAAGCAUGGUUUUUGCAAUGAAGAGGAGCAAUCAGUUGGCUGUUUACAAAUUAGUGAAGAAGGAAACUGGAGGCACCUACAAAUUUGUCCAUGUAGAGAAUGUGUCAUUUCCAUCCCCACAUACACUGGAUAUCUCUCACUGUGGCAUAUCAUCUACAGGGAAGUAUCUAAUGUCUGCUUCGCCCGACAUGAAGAUUGUUUUGUACGACAUUCACGGAAAUAUUCUCAAGAUUUUGGAGCCAAAGCUGAGCACACUCUUUGAUGCCGUGCUUUCACCAGAUGGUCGUUUUGUUGCUGUUUGUGGAUUCACACCAGACGUAAUUGUCUACGAGGUUACUUUCAACCGCGAAGGCGUUUUUCAGGAUGCAAAGAAAGCAUUCAAUCUCACGGACCACCACUCUGGUGUCUUCUCCGUAGCUUUCAAUUCUAACGCAUCCCGAGCUGUCACAGUGUCUCGCGACGGAUUUUGGCGAGUUUUUGAUACGGAUAUUAGGUACAACGCAGGCCAAGAGACUCAAGUUCUAAACAAAGGCGAAUGGGCUGCAUUGAAAGGAGCUAGUGCCGACAGGGUGCGUUUAGCCAUGAGUCCUUCCGGAGGGAGCUUUGCGGUUGCUUGUGGCUCCACUUUGAAGGUGUUCAGCAGUGAGGAUGCCAACGAAGAUUUCUCAGAACUACCCGAAGUUCACGGCGAUCAGCGCAUCCAAGUCAUUCGGUACUCUCCGGAUGGUCGUCUUAUUGCAACAUGUGGUGAUCGCUACGUUCGCGUAUUCCGCAACAUUCCGGAAUACCAUAGUCAAGUUAUUCGACUUGGGAAGAACAUAAAAGAAGUCACUGGAGACGCUCCCAAAAGACGACUCCAAGAACAAAUAGACGAAGCGAAGAAAUACCUAGAAAAAUAUUCCCUUUAGCACAUUUUUUUGGCUAUGGACCAGUACAAAAAUAUGAUUCAUUCCUGACUUGAUUGUCCUCGACAAUACGCUGUUAUCUUUGUUCUUGUUUUGUCAUAUGGGUUUGCUAUCACAGAGCCGGGUCAAUAAAUAUUCCUGCCU